GCUAAUUACCUUUUCAGGUUGUUUUUGGUUUGUAUAAAAAAAAAAAUUCCGGCAUAAGAAAAUCCCUACUAAUAGGCAUAGCCAAACACCUUUUACAGUCACUUUCUCAAUCUCGCCGGAGAAAGGGAACUCCGAUAAUAUGGGAAGCAGCAGCGGUAGCGACGUAGAAGCAGGAUUCGCGAAGCUACAAGGCGAAGAUUUCGAGUAUUACAUGCAAACGUACUCCAUAAUCCUCGGUCGGAACUCCAAAAAAUCAACGGUCGACGUCGACUUAUCAUCACUCGGCGGCGGGAUGAAUAUCUCCCGUCACCACGCGCGCAUUUUUUACGACUUCCAACGACGCCGUUUUAACCUCGAAGUAUUAGGCAAAAACGGGUGCUUCGUCGAAGGUGUACUUCACUUACCCGGUAACCCGCCGAUCAAAUUAGAUUCACAGGACUUACUUCAGAUCGGAGAUAAAGAGUUUUAUUUCCUCCUUCCUGUACGCAGUAUCCUUGGUGGUGGGCCGCCUAUUGGGCCUAAACAAAAUGUGAAUUAUCCAGUGGCGGCCCAUUAUGGUGGGAUAGGGAAAAAGGGGGGAUUGUUUAGAGGGAGGGAGAGGGAGUAUUAUGAUGAGGAGGAAUAUGAUGAUGAUGACGAUGAUGAUGAUGGUACUGGAGGUAAAAAGAUGAGGAGGUGUGAUGGGGCUGAGGGUGGUGGUGGUUAUGGAUAUGGUUCUUGUGGUUCCAGUGGAAAAGCUUCAAUUUCUGGGCAAUUAGAUAAGAAGACAGAUGGAAGAUUGCGUGUUGACGGAGAUGCUGACAAUCAGCAGCUCAUGCAGUUAGAAGAAAAGGAUGUCGUGUCAUCUGUAGCUAAUGUGCUUUCUGAUCUCUGUGGUCCAGGAGAAUGGAUGCCAAUGGAGAAGCUUCAUGCUGAGUUGGUUGAACACUAUGGCAAUACGUGGCACCAUAGUCGUGUGAGGAGAUAUCUGACAUCAGAGGACUAUCCCAGCCCAGAAGCCAAAACGAAGCCAUGGUAUGGAUUGUUGAUGCUGUUAAGGAAAUAUCCAGAGCAUUUUGUCAUCAAUACGCGGUCCAAGGGACGGGUGACUUUGGAGUUUGUUUCUCUUGUCUCACUGAUUUCUUGAGAACUAGUAACAAUUUUUAGCCGUGAAGUUGUAAUUGAGCUUCAAGUCAAUAGUGUGAAACAUGUGGCCUGAAACACUUUCCAUCUAGCAUCUUUUGCCUCUAUUGGGAUUUGAACUCUGGUCUUCCAUUGUCCAUUCCAGCUUUAUGGAACGGUUAGUCACACGCUCGAGUGCUCAAACGUUAAUGAUAUGUACUUCCUUUAGGUCUCAAAUAUUUACCUUUUCCAGCCCAUUUUGUGGUUGUGUUCUACUUUACAAGAUGAAAUUAUCUCCAAAAUAUCUCAAUAACUUUUGCCCCGUAAGCAUUUUUCA